CUAUAUAAAAGUGACGACCGCAGAACAAAAAACUCAAUUCCGUUUGUGGUUGUGCGCGGUGAAAGAAACGCUUAGCAAGUCGAAACAAUUCCAAAUUUAUUUAACGUAUAACGAAACGUGAAAUCUAACAACGCGACAAUCCACAACGUGCGUUACAAAUAGCCAGCGCGGACAGAAGUUUGAAUAGAGGAACGUUCUCGAAGCUUGCAGAGAAAACCUCUACGGAAACGGAACUAAAAUGAUUUUGACUGGCAUGCGGCGCGGCCAAGCGUUUCACGCAUUCCUAAUUGUCGCCCUGUCGUCAUCGCUGACUCUGAUGCACGUUCGGGCACAGGAACCGCGACGUGACGACAAAUGGCCGCCACCAGCCGUCCUGAAAAUGGCCAAAAUAUUCCACGAUAUUUGCGUUGAAAAAACUGGGGUCACAGAAGAGGCAAUUAAGGAAUUUAGUGAUGGCCAAAUUCACGAAGACGAGGCGCUCAAGUGCUACAUGAAUUGCUUGUUCCACGAAAUCGAUGUGGUGGACGAUAACGGUGAUGUUCAUCUAGAGACGCUCUUUAACACCGUACCUGGUACCGUACGCAACCAACUGAUAAAUAUGGCAAAGGAGUGCGAGCAUCCAGAAGGCGACACGCUGUGCCACAAAGCAUGGUGGUUCCACCAAUGUUGGAAGAAGGCCGAUCCAGUGCAUUAUUUCCUGCCAUAGAGCUUUUCAGUGUUACCGACAGCUCGAUCCUCGAUUUCAAAUGCGUAUUGACGAGAAAAUUUGCAGGAAAACGGUUGCAAGCCAUUAUGUAACAAUUUGUAGUUGUUUUGAUUUACUUUAGCGGAAUUUCAGUUUUAUUAAAGCAUUACAGAAAAUACCAAAGUCA